UUCACGACAACUUGGGAACUUUGAACUCGGAAAUCCCCAACAUGCGAAUUUCAUGGCAACUGGGAACUCGGAAAAAAAACAAGUUACGACUGGGAAAAGUCGUUUUUUAACAGUCAUCCAACUCGGAAAGUCUGGUAUUCCUUGAGCUCCAACUUUCCUAUCUAAAGAUCACCGAAGUCACGAUAUUACCUCGUUUUUUUCCGAGAACUCAGUAGUCUUGAACGCACCAUAACUAUUAUCGGAAAGUCGGUGAUUGUGAGUGUGCACUCUGGUGUCUUGAGUUUUUGUGUUUUCUUAAUUUAAGUCCGUUUGUGUUUUAAUCUUACACCGUAACGUGUUGAAAUAUAAUUUCGCAGUUAGUGCCAUAGUUGUUAUUUAACCUACACAAUUUGAAACGGCUUGAAAUCUGUUUGAAUCUACCUGGAAUAGGCGGACGGACCACCGAGAUGGAUUUCAGCUAACGUUAGCUUAGCCUAAAGCAGCUAACUAACCGGGCUAAUUUAUUUAGCCCCUUCAACCUGGACUAUAACGUUGUCGUGAACACCAUUUGUUUUUAGCGGACUUAUUUUCAAACUCGCUGUCCUUUUUUGUUGUUGUUGAGGAUCCAACUUCACUUUCGGAGGCCAACUACCUACCUGUAACCCAGGAAGGAGAGAAGGAAAGUGCUGUCAUUGUCUGGUUGAGCUGACCCAAUAUGUUGUCCAACACCGGGACCCAGCCUCUGUUCCCCCCGACCCAGGGCCCAGCUAACCCGGCGGGCCAACCUAACCCGCCCCCUUCGGGUCACCUCUCACAGUUUCAUGUGAAACCGACCCUUCAAAUCAAGAAGAACGCAAUAACGGACGAGUACAAAGUGACCAGUCAGGUACUGGGACACGGCAUCAACGGAAGGGUGCUGGAGAUCUUCCACAAGAAAAGCGGAGACAAAUACGCCCUCAAGAUGCUGCAGGACUGUGCGAAGGCUCGGAGGGAGGUGGAUCUUCACUGUAGGGCGUCGCCCUGUUCCACCAUCGUACGCAUCGUGGACGUCUUUGAAAACCUCUACCAGGGCAGGAAGUGUCUGCUCAUAGUCAUGGAAUGCAUGGAUGGGGGAGAGCUGUUCAAUCGUAUCCAGGACAGAGGAGACCAGGCCUUCACAGAGAGAGAGGCCUCUGAUAUCAUGAAGAGUAUAGGAGAGGCCAUUCAGUUCCUUCAUGCCAUCAACAUCGCUCACAGAGAUGUCAAGCCAGAGAACCUACUGUAUUUAUCUAAGAGGCCUAAUGCGCUGCUGAAACUGACAGACUUUGGUUUUGCUAAAGAGACCACCACACACAACUCACUGGUCACCCCUUGCUACACACCAUACUACGUUGCUCCAGAGGUGUUGGGACCAGAGAAGUAUGAUAAGUCAUGUGACAUGUGGUCGCUAGGUGUCAUCAUGUACAUCCUGUUAUGUGGUUAUCCACCGUUCUACUCUAACCAUGGUCUGGCCAUCUCUCCUGGGAUGAAGAAGAGAAUCAGGAUGGGACAGUACGAGUUUCCUAACCCAGAGUGGUCCGACGUAUCAGAAGAGGCCAAGCAGCUCAUCAGAACCCUGCUGAAGACCGAGCCCACGCAGAGGAUGACCAUCACCGAGUUCAUGAACCAUCCAUGGAUCAACUCGAUGGAGGUUCCCCAGAUUCCUCUCCACACCAGGCGAGUUCUGAUCGAGGACAGAGAUGCUUGGGAGGACCUCAGGGAGGAGAUGAAUAGCGCCUUAGCGACCAUGAGAGUGGACUAUGAGCAAGUCAAAAUCAAGACCAUUGAGGAGUCCUCCAAUCCCCUUCUGAUGAAGAGGAGGAAGAAAUUACAGCCCUCAGCCAAUCACACGGUCCCAAACACACAGAGACCUGCCCUAUGAGACAUAUAUACACACACACACAGGGAAACACCCACUCAUACACGUGUUGUAAAACAGAAGCAAUAAGGGUUAUCGACUCACUGGGGAGUGCAUGGAUUUUCUUAAAGCAUAGAAGUUUAUUUUUCAUGACCAGUUUUAAUGUUUUUAAAAAGCAUUUAUUUUGAUUAGUCAAUGUUUUUACCUUCAACCACUCUGCUACGUUCACCUUUUAAAACAACCAAGAGAUUAUGAGAAGAGAGGAGAAGAACGUAUGAGUCCAAUGUUUUUACCUAAUCAACCACUCUGCUACGUUCACCUUUUAAAACAACCAAGAGAUUAUGAGAAGAGAGGAGAAGAACGUAUGAGUCCAAUGUUUUUACCUAAUCAACCACUCUGCUACGUUCACCUUUUAAAACAACCAAGAGAUUAUGAGAAGAGAGGAGAAGAACGUAUGAGUCCAAUGUUUUUACCUAAUCAACCACUCUGCUACGUUCACCUUUUAAAACAACCAAGAGAUUAUGAGAAGAGAGGAGAAGAACAUAUGAGUCCAUGGUUUUUACCUAAUCAACCACUCUGCUACGUUCACCUUUUAAAACAACCAAGAGAUUAUGAGAAGAGAGGAGAAGAACGUAUGAGUCCAAUGUUUUUACCUAAUCAACCACUCUGCUACGUUCACCUUUUAAAACAACCAAGAGAUUAUGAGAAGAGAGGAGAAGAACGUAUGAGUCCAUGGUUUUUACCUAAUCAACCACUCUGCUACGUUCACCUUUUAAAACAACCAAGAGAUUAUGAGAAGAGAGGAGAAGAACGUAUGAGUCCAAUGUUUUUACCUAAUCAACCACUCUGCUACGUUCACCUUUUAAAACAACCAAGAGAUUAUGAGAAGAGAGGAGAAGAACGUAUGAGUCCAAUGUUUUUACCUAAUCAACCACUCUGCUACGUUCACCUUUUAAAACAACCAAGAGAUUAUGAGAAGAGAGGAGAAGAACGUAUGAGUCCAAUGUUUUUACCUAAUCAACCACUCUGCUACGUUCACCUUUUAAAACAACCAAGAGAUUAUGAGAAGAGAGGAGAAGAACGUAUGAGUCCAUGGUUUUUACCUAAUCAACCACUCUGCUACGUUCACCUUUUAAAACAACCAAGAGAUUAUGAGAAGAGAGGAGAAGAACGUAUGAGUCCAAUGUUUUUACCUAAUCAACCACUCUGCUACGUUCACCUUUUAAAACAACCAAGAGAUUAUGAGAAGAGAGGAGAAGAACGUAUGAGUCCAAUGUUUUUACCUAAUCAACCACUCUGCUACGUUCACCUUUUAAAACAACCAAGAGAUUAUGAGAAGAGAGGAGAAGAACGUAUGAGUCCAUGGUUUUACCUAAUCAACCACUCUGCUACGUUCACCUUUUAAAACAACCAAGAGAUUAUGAGAAGAGAGGAGAAGAACGUAUGAGUCCAAUGUUUUUACCUAAUCAACCACUCUGCUACGUUCACCUUUUAAAACAACCAAGAGAUUAUGAGAAGAGAGGAGAAGAACAUAUGAGUCCAUGGUUUUUACCUAAUCAACCACUCUGCUACGUUCACCUUUUAAAACAACCAAGAGAUUAUGAGAAGAGAGGAGAAGAACAUAUGAGUCCAUGGUUUUUACCUAAUCAACCACUCUGCUACGUUCACCUUUUAAAACAACCAAGAGAUUAUGAGAAGAGAGGAGAAGAACGUAUGAGUCCAAUGUUUUUACCUAAUCAACCACUCUGCUACGUUCACCUUUUAAAACAACCAAGAGAUUAUGAGAAGAGAGGAGAAGAACGUAUGAGUCCAUGGUUUUACCUAAUCAACCACUCUGCUACGUUCACCUUUUAAAACAACCAAGAGAUUAUGAGAAGAGAGGAGAAGAACGUAUGAGUCCAAUGUUUUUACCUAAUCAACCACUCUGCUACGUUCACCUUUUAAAACAACCAAGAGAUUAUGAGAAGAGAGGAGAAGAACGUAUGAGUCCAUGGUUUUUACCUAAUCAACCACUCUGCUACGUUCACCUUUUAAAACAACCAAGAGAUUAUGAGAAGAGAGGAGAAGAACGUAUGAGUCCAUGGUUUUUACCUAAUCAACCACUCUGCUACGUUCACCUUUUAAAACAACCAAGAGAUUAUGAGAAGAGAGGAGAAGAACGUAUGAGUCCAUGGUUUUUACCUAAUCAACCACUCUGCUACGUUCACCUUUUAAAACAACCAAGAGAUUAUGAGAAGAGAGGAGAAGAACGUAUGAGUCCAUGGUUUUACCUAAUCAACCACUCUGCUACGUUCACCUUUUAAAACAACCAAGAGAUUAUGAGAAGAGAGGAGAAGAACGUAUGAGUCCAUGGUUUUACCUAAUCAACCACUCUGCUACGUUCACCUUUUAAAACAACCAAGAGAUUAUGAGAAGAGAGGAGAAGAACGUAUGAGUCCAUGGUUUUACCUAAUCAACCACUCUGCUACGUUCACCUUUUAAAACAACCAAGAGAUUAUGAGAAGAGAGGAGAAGAACGUAUGAGUCCAUGGUUUUACCUAAUCAACCACUCUGCUACGUUCACCUUUUAAAACAACCAAGAGAUUAUGAGAAGAGAGGAGAAGAACGUAUGAGUCCAUGGUUUUACCUAAUCAACCACUCUGCUACGUUCACCUUUUAAAACAACCAAGAGAUUAUGAGAAGAGAGGAGAAGAACGUAUGAGUCCAUGGUUUUACCUAAUCAACCACUCUGCUACGUUCACCUUUUAAAACAACCAAGAGAUUAUGAGAAGAGAGGAGAAGAACGUAUGAGUCCAUGGUUUUUCCCUAAUCAACCACUCUGCUACGUUCACCUUUUAAAACAACCAAGAGAUUAUGAGAAGAGAGGAGAAGAACGUAUGAGUCCAUGGUUUUUCCAAAUGACUAAAUCCAAACAGACUUCCCUGUAUCAGUUAGUGAUAGAUUAACAAACCAUGUGUGUUAUUGAAAUGGCUUGUGGGAAUGUAAACGCACACUUACACAUCGAGGUCUGUGACGUCACGGCCCGGCCACGUCCCAUUCAGAGACAUAUGAAGUCGUCGUCGUCGUCGUCCCCCCGGCUACGUCUCAUUCAGAGACCUAUGAAGUCUCCCCCCCCUGCCACGUCCCAUUCAGAGACAUAUGAAGUCAUGCCCCGGCCACGUCCCAUUCAGAGACAUAUGAAGUCAUGCCCCGGCCACGUCCCAUUCAGAGACAUAUGAAGUCACGCCCCAUUCAUGAACCACUUUCCCACAGUACAAGGUGAAUAGUUGAGUACAGUUCACUUGGCCUCAGUCACCCAUCUCGCUGGCUUUCAUCCAAAGUCCUUAACCACUUCCCUCUAUCCCCUAUGCACUUGUGGAGAGCUGAUAUGCCCAGUGUACAAGUGUUUAAGGGCAGAGACAAGGCAGCCAUGUUUCAUAAUGGAAUGCAGCCAGAGGCCAUUUCAGCCUGAUGCUGUUCUCUAGGGGUUUGUAGUCUUUCUAGUCUUUUCAGUUGUAGUUCUUAUCCUGGCUGUUACAAUGUUAAGAAUCACUUUCUGCUCAGACUUUGUACUGUGUGAAUGCUAUGCAGAGGGCUUCACCCCAAAACUACCUUCUACAUCAUUUUGAUACUGCUUUGAUUUUGUGUAUAAAUAUAGUGUUGCAGAAUCUUAUUGUCA